AUGAAAGCCAGUUCGCUUGCGUGGAACUCACAUUAUCCCACUGCUUCGCCAAGGAUCAGCAUAUACGUACCGUCUAGAGUACCGUACCCCUACAAAAAUGGUACUGCGGCUUCCAGCGCAUGGAUUUCGACCAUUACCCCAGUCUCCAGGGGACAAUGUACAGGCUGUGCGCUUGCCGCGUUGAACCCGAUAACAACAUCAUACGAGUCAGCUUUAUUUGGAAAUUGGACAAGCUUGGUAGUGACCGAAACUCUUCUUAUAGAGUUCGUUACUUACGUGGACAACUCGACAAUCGACACAGUCGUUACCGAGACGAAGACCGUCAACCAGACUAAGACGGUAGACAACUGGAUUACCGAUACUGCGGCAGAAUUCAACAUCUACCUGCCGACUCCAGGCCUGGACUUGACUUUGGAUGUUGGACCGACGUAUGUGAUCUACACGAGUCUCUUUGGUGGCCCUGACGCUGCCGUACAAAUCAAUGCAACGGCGCAGAACAAUGCCACGCACAGCGAAUUGAGGCCGACUCAGAGCACUUGUCGGCCACACGUUUCAAGUUUGAGGAAUUGGAUACCAACCCGGACUCAAGACUGGGACUUUUUCAUCCAAACCUUCGCCAAUGGAUCAACCCCAGAACCUACAGCCAUGGACACCCCCGUGCCAGUACCCACCAAACUCCAGAACUUCCUAGCCCAAGAUCCAGACCUUCAACACAUAACCAAACAAGGUUGUCUAAGGUGCGACACGAAUCCAGGCGAUCUACCGAAAACCCCGAAGCCUACAGAGCAAGACCCCAAUACGAAUAAGAUCAAUGAUGAUCCAGUCCCCACCAAGUCGCCCAAUCCGAAGAAUGACGAUGCACCAAAGUCCAACGAUAAUCCAAAUGGCGAUGGUGGCCCAAAAACUGAUGACAAACCUCAAGAUCAGCCCCAAAACACACCCCAGAGCCCUCCAAAGCCCGAUGUCAAGACAACACCAAGCGUACCAGACAUUCUCAGCUCGAUUAUCUCAGACAACCCCAGUCUUACCAGAAAACCGCAAGAGCAACCCACAAACUCAGGACAAACAAUCACCAUCGGCAACAGCGUAGUUACCGUCAAGCCUCAACCGACAAAGCAGGGUCAAGGUGGACCUAAUCAGCAAACCAACGCACCUACGAUGGUCAUCAUUGGAACUCAGACAGUCACUGUUGGCCAAACCACGACGAUCAAUGGUGUUCCUGUCGCUGUACCCACUGCUGGAGGAGGAUCUACAAUCAUAGUUGGCGACAAGACCAUCGGUCUCAACCCUCGAAUAACCCAAGCACCAUUGCCAGUUCUAACCGUUGGACAUAACACGAUUACUGCGAACUCGCAAGGACAGUUCGUUGUGGGCAUGCAAACGCUGCAACGAGGUGGCCCUCUAGUGAUACUAGACGACCACACACUAACCCUGGGCCCAAAUGGCAGGAUCGCAAUAUGGAAUAGCGCCACACAAACCCUGGUAACCAUGGCUGGCCCUUCUGGCGCUCCCGCUGUGACGUUCGGCGGACAAUCCAUCACCGCCAAACUGCUCGGCGGAACUACUGUCUUCGUCCUCGGUGACAAGACCCUCGCACCGGGCAGCGCAGUCACUGUUGACGGCACAACGUUCAGUCUUCCAUCUGGCUUCCACGGCUCCAGUGUCGUAACCGCCACCGUAGUCCACGGCACUACUGCCUUCGUCUUUGGGCCAGACGAAACACUCACGCCUGGCGGCGUAGUUACAGUCUCAGGUACUACAUUUUCUCUUCCCGCCUCCGCCUCAGGCUCGGUUGUAGUGAUAAACGGCGUAACGUCCACACUUGCACCCGAAUCAGGCAUGGGUCCGAUUACGUCCGCGCCUCCAAUCAUUGUCGAUGGAAAAACCAUCACCGCAACAACGCGCGACGGAAAAACAGAAUAUAUCAUCAACUCCGCCACAACCUUGCUUCCAGGCGGCCAGAUCAUCAUAGAUGGGACAACAUACUCUCUAGCACCUGGAGGCACAGCACUGAUUAUCGAUGGCAAGACGAGCAUCAUUUCGAGUACACCAGCGAGUAACAGCGCGAGCACGACCGGCAGUGGAAGUAGUUCAGAGACAACAAGUGAGCGCGGCGCGGGAGAUUUCAUUGCAAGCGGGAUUGGAGAGUCAAGUAGGAGUCAGGGAGCAGGAAGUUGGACGUAUGGCAGGCGAGCGAAUAAGUGGGUUGAGAGCUUGGUGAUGGGUGUAGCGGGUUGGCUGUUGUGGUUUCUUUGA